GCGCGCAUCGCUCGGUCAUUUCCGUACGGCGUCGUCGCGCGGCUCGCCCAGAACUCGGCAAUUUCCGUCCCGUCGGGCGGCGCCAUUUUGUUUACGUGAGUGGAGCGGCAGAGGUGUCGUACAGGAGAACAUAAGGAGUGUGUGAGCGGCGCGGCCAUGGACGGCAUUGUUACUGAUGUUGCGGUUGGUGUUAAGAGAGGUUCUGACGAACUGCUGUCGGGAAGUGUUCUUAAUGGUCCAAGCACUAACUUAAACACCAUAGUUGUGACUGCCAAUGGUAAUGAUAACAAAAAGUUCAAAGGUGAUGAUAAAAUGGAGAGCACACCAUCCCGGGUGCUCCAUAUUCGAAAACUUCCUGGAGAGGUAACAGAAACCGAAGUCAUUGCUCUGGGUUUGCCUUUUGGGAAAGUGACAAACAUUCUGAUGCUGAAAGGAAAGAAUCAGGCAUUUUUGGAACUGGCUACUGAAGAAGCAGCUGCUACUAUGGUUAAUUAUUAUACAUCAAUGACACCUCAUCUACGUAACCAACCAAUAUAUAUUCAGUACUCUAACCAUAAAGAACUCAAGACAGACAGUGCUCUCAACCAGCGUGCUCAAGCAGUACUUCAGGCUGUAUCUGCAGUUCAGUCUACAAAUUCCACUGCAGGAACUACUACAGCAAGUGAGACCACAAUGUCCUCAGCACAGAGUCCUGUCCUGAGAAUAAUUAUUGACAACAUGUACUACCCUGUCACCCUUGACGUCCUUCACCAGAUAUUUUCAAAGUUUGGUACUGUGUUGAAGAUAAUCACUUUCACAAAAAACAAUCAAUUUCAAGCCCUUCUACAGUAUGGAGACCCAGCUAAUGCCCAACAAGCAAAACUGGCACUAGAUGGACAAAAUAUCUACAAUGCCUGCUGCACCCUUCGGAUUGACUUUUCAAAACUGGUAAACCUUAACGUAAAAUAUAAUAAUGACAAAAGUCGGGACUACACCCGUCCAGACCUUCCAUCUGGAGAUGGACAACCUGCAUUAGACCCAGCUAUUGCUGCAGCAUUUGCAAAGGAAACCUCUCUUCUAGCUGUUCCUGGUGCAUUAAGUCCUUUGGGGAUACCAAAUGCUGCAGCUGCUGCGGCUGCUGCCGCUGCAAGCCGUGUUGGUAUGCACGGUGUUCCAACGAGUGCAAAUACUGUUCUUCUUGUUAGCAAUCUGAAUGAAGAGAUGGUUUCGCCCCAAAGUCUGUUUACCCUCUUCGGUGUUUAUGGGGAUGUGCAGCGUGUGAAGAUUCUGUACAAUAAGAAAGACAGUGCGCUUAUACAGAUGGCUGAUGGAAACCAGUCCCAGCUAGCCAUGAGCCACCUCAAUGGCCAGAAAAUGUAUGGGAAAAUUAUCAGGGUUACACUGUCCAAACAUCAAACAGUCCAGCUACCUCGGGAAGGGCUUGAUGAUCAAGGGCUAACAAAAGACUUUGCCAACUCCCCUCUACAUCGUUUCAAGAAGCCUGGCUCUAAAAACUUCCAGAAUAUAUUCCCACCUUCAGCAACUCUUCACUUGUCUAACAUUCCGCAAACAAUUACUGAGGAAGACUUGCGCACGUUGUUCACUAACACGGGAGGAACUGUCAAAGCUUUCAAAUUUUUUCAAGACCACAAAAUGGCUCUUCUACAGAUGUCUACAGUGGAAGAAGCUAUACAAGCAUUGAUCGACCUCCACAACUACAACAUUGGCGAUAACCACCAUCUGAGAGUUUCUUUUUCCAAGUCAACAAUUUAAAAAGAAAAAAAAAACACGAAAAGCAGAGCGCCUGGGUUUAUCGCAUUGUUACGUGUGUUGCCACCAACAGACUGUUCAGGAAAGUGGGGACCAGAGUUUGGCUUGUUUUUUCACUCAGUUAUCAUUCCUUGGUUCAUCACAUUAAUUGAUUUAAACUGCAGUUAUGAUUUUGGCUGCAGGUUUUCAAAUGUCACUAUGGAAGACAUUUCUGAUUAUUCUUUUUUUUCAGUUUUUCUUAAUCCAUGGACAUGUGCCUUAAAUAGUAAGGUUUUUUGUUUCCCAACUUUUUACCAUUUAGAAUGCAGGCAAAUGGUCACGGGCACAUGGUUACAUGUGAACUACAGAAUGUUGCACCAGGAGACAUGUAAAGAGGUUAAGCUUUGGUUCCUCCUGCUCAGAACUUCAACACAAACAUCAGUCAUGUUCUUUCUGUACUGUGCCCACUUCAACAUUUCUUUCACUUUAAAAACAAAUCAUGUAAUGGUAGGAAACCUCACUGUUUUAAUUUCUUGUUGGUGUUUGCCUUGUAAAUUAGACAAGGUGUAUUUUUAGUGUCUCUUAGUAACAAAUAGUGUACUUUUUUUUUUUUUGUAAAAGGCAAGGAGAUGAUCCUUAGAAGUCUUGGUCCUGUUUCUGAAAACAAUGUAGAAUCUUAAUCCUUUUUGUAUUCUCUCGUGAAUCGUAUCAUUUAAAUGUUAGAACUAAAGUAAUGUCUUAUUUGUGGCUGAAUAUUUUCUGUGGUUUUUGAAGUUGACAUGACUGAUGUGCAUUUAACUCUGUAUUUGCCAUCUGCUGUUUGUAAUUCUACUCGAAAUAUGGUUGUGGAUUUCUGAGCAUGUGCAGACUGGUCAAGUGAUUUCAGAAACUGGUGCAUGUACUUUAUGGCAGGGAGCGCCUUUUUGACAAAAAAGAAACUAGUGGCCGUUUUUGAAAAAAACUGACAUCCAGGUGGGACCAAAGUUUAUGUGCCUUUAGUCUUAAUUUACCUACAUUGUAAUAUUCUGUUUUAAUAAAGAACUUCAAACUAUUUUGUAUGUUUAAACAGACCUGACUUAUAGGCAUGGCUCAGAAUCUACCAGCUAGAAUCAGGCAAACAGCUCAUCCCUUCAAUGAGCUGUUUAUUUGGUUCUCAUUCCGACAAGUACAUUGUUUUAAUUAAUGUAUUUGGUUGAAAUUCAUAGAUUCUGUUUAUCUGUGUAGGUGAAUAAAAUGGUCAUGUAUAUUUUCUAUUAGUUACGUUUUUACAUCAUUAGAAAUGUAAAAUUCAGUCUAGUUUGAUUGCGGCACAAUUAAAAAUUAAUUUUCUAACAAAGUCAGUAGGUUGAUGGUGGUUUUGAUUUCAUCUUGUGUACUCUGCUUACCUCUGUAGCAUGCUCAAUAAACACUUCUGUAGCUCUGUA